UAGAGUAAAUCGACAUGCGUUUUUUCAUAGUUUUGGCCUGCGCCAUUGCAGUUUGUGCCGCCGGCACUGUGCCCAGCUCAAAAAUCGAGCAGCUUCUGGCUAAAUAUGCCGACAAGAAUGGCGAUAUUGUCUUGUUUGACGAGCCCGCCGAUAGUCCAGUUGAAGUUGCUCCCCAGUUCAUCAUUUCGUGGCAGCUACGUCGCGCCAUUCGCAAGAUGCAGAAGCAAAUGCCCUGCGGCUGGCCCCAGUAUGGUAUUCCCCCACUAGCCCCUCUGCGUAUUAACGAGGCUGAUCUGAAUUUGGAGCGCGGCAUUGUGGAGACCAUUAACCACGUCUUCCGUUUGAAGAUUGCCGGCCUCGAUGAUUUCAAGAUCAAGAAAUUCAAGCUGAACAUCUUCACCUCGAAGAUUACCUUCGAUUUCCUCUUCGCUAACAUUGAUACCACGGCCCAGAAGUAUGAUACUGAUACUCUGAUCGAUGCCAUGCGCCAGCUGGGAUUAUCGGUGGAGUACGAGGGCGCUGGAUCACUACUCUUCGAUCUGAUUAACUUCCGUGUGGCCGGCACCUUGAAGUACAAACUGCCCGUGUUGUGGGGCUCAGCCAAGAUCACCUCGUUGAAGACGACCAUAACGGUGGAAGAUGUCAAGUCCGAUAUUACUGGUUUCAUGGGCAAUGGCAAGAUCAAUGCGGCCAUCAACCGUCAACUGGAGAAUGCUGUGGUCCAUGGCCUCAACGAUAAUCAGCAGGCUAUCUCCGAUAAUAUUGAGAACACGAUUGUGCCACGUGUGAAUAAGAUGCUGAAGGGCAAGGACUUCUGGACCCUUGUUGAUUUGAUCACGUCGAGCAGCGAUGGCGAGAAUGAGGAUGAUCCAAUUGUUGUCGAUUGCGAUCCUAGCGAUCCCUGGGCUUAAGUUUUAUGCUGCGGUUAAAUAAAGUAUUGUCCCAAAUUUUUA